GGCCUCCCAGGGCGGGGCCAGGGCCCCGAGGACAAGGCAGAGGCAGUAUGGGCUGUAGCCCUCAGUGGUGAUCAGCCCUGCCAUGGGAAACAAUAGUUCCCACAAAAGGACCAAAGCACCCAAACAGGCCCCCAAGGAGAGGCCACCUGACAUGGACAAGGCUCCGUGGAAACAGUUCUUCAGCCGCCUCAAGCGGAAGAAGCAGAGUACCAACAUCGUGCUGCUUUUCCCCGUGGACAAGUGGCAGCAGCAGCAGGCCGAAGCCGGCCGGCCGGCCGAGAGCCCGCCGCGCGCCGCGGGGGUGUCGCCCGAGGCGCCCAUGCUGCGAGGAGCGGGCGACGGCGCGGAGCGGCGCGAGGGCGCGCGCGCGCGCGACAUGAAGAGGAUCCUGGUCCUGCUGCUGCUGCUGCUGGACGCGCGGCUGCAGGAGGAGGGUCGCCGCGCGGGGGAGCAGCCGCGCCAGCGACACCGCGGCCCUCGCCCGCGGCCCUGAGCGCCCGGCCCGGCC